AUAUAUAGAUAGAUGAGCUGUGCAUGAAUCAAAAUAAUUCUGCUCCUGUUCGACCUUUCUGCAACCUUUACAUAUUUACCACUCGAUGUCCCUAGUAAUUACAGUCACACCAUUCUGGUAUGAUAGCCACCGCCGCCGCUGACAACCGGGAAACUGAGAGUCCACUCUCCUCCCCAGCUCUCGGCUUCCCUCGCCUCUGGUUCUUCCGCUACCGGCGCUUGAGGUAGCCAGUCAAUCCAGCUCGUUUUUCAUACUCAUAAUCAAUAUAUACAGUGGUGUUGUUUAUAUACAUACUUACGAUGCCGAACUGGGGGAGUCACCGGAGAGGAGGACAGGAGGGGAAGAACCGGAGGGGGAAGCUGACGGAGAAAGCGUCGUCGUUUCACGGACGGAGUCCUGCGGCCAUGGCCGGGCAGCUCGUCAGGCCGAGAACGGUGCCGGACCUGCUCUCCGGGAGGAAUAGCGGUGAUGUGUCGCCGGAGGAGAGACCGAAGCUGACGAAGUUGCUUCUCAACGUGACCGUUCAGAGGAGCCUUGGGGCUGUGCAGGUGUUGAUUUCGCCUGAAUCGACGGUCAGUGAUCUGAUUGCGGCGGUUCUCCGGCAAUACACCAAGGAAGGCCGGCGAUUGAUCUUGCCUUCCACAGAUCCCUCCGUCUUCGAUCUCCAUUAUUCGCAAUUUAGCUUAGAAAGUUUAGAUCGGGAGGAGAAGCUGGCGGCGUUGGGAUCGAGGAACUUUUUUCUUUGCCCGAAGAAGUACGCACCCGACGCUGAAAGCGGAGGUUGCGUGACGACGGCGUCGUGUUCUAAAGAAGCUGAAAAAGCAAACAGUAUUGGACUUCCAUGUCUCAAGUUCUGAUUUUGAUUCUCAUUUGAUUACAGCCUAUUGUUCUCUCAUCAUCACUGUGAAAUUUAGGCCUCUUUUGGAAGUGAAUUAUGGAUGAGAAGUGAACUUUUUAAUCUAUGUUAAAUUAUAUUAUCGCUUAUAUUUUUAUAAUAAUAAUUGAGAUCUCUUUUUGUUUUUUUUAGAAA